AUGGAAUACAUGUUGCAUAGGUUCGACCGCCUUCGGUACGUUGAAAUCAAGCACGGACGCAUCUCUAUGCUCGCCGUCGCGGGGCACCUCGUCCAGCAGAACUUCAGGCUCCCGGGAAUGUUGUCCACCUCGGCCAACCUCUCCUUCGCGGACAUGCCGAACGGGUUGGCCGCUCUGUCGAAGAUCCCGGCUCUCGGGCUCUUCCAGAUCAUUGCCUUCAUCGGUUUCCUCGAGCUCGGUGUGAUGAAGCAGAAGGAGGGUUCUUUCCCGGGUGACAUGACCCUUGCUGGCGAGCCGUACGCGUGGACGAAGUUCUCGGACGAGGUCAAGGAGCAGAAGAGGGUGAGUCCGGCAUUUUGA